AUGAAAACCCGGUCCGUCAGGUUAAUUUCCGGUUUGACCGGUGGUUUUGGUUUGACAGCUAUGUUUUGGCCACCGUAUGACUGCUUCAAGAAAAAAGUAGCCACUGGUGCAAGAACCCAUGAUGGAUCAGAAGAAUGGGGAUAUGUAGAAGUGAGACCAAAAGCACACAUGUUUUGGUGGCUUUAUAGAAGUUCUUACAGAGUUGAAGAUUCCUCUAAACCAUGGCCAAUCAUUCUUUGGUUGCAGGGUGGACCUGGAGGAUCAGGUGUUGGGAUAGGGAAUUUUGAAGAAAUUGGGCCACUGGAUGCCUAUCUGAAGCCGCGAAAUUCUACAUGGUUACAAGUGGCUGAUCUUCUGUUUGUGGAUAAUCCAGUUGGCACAGGAUACAGUUUUGUGGAAGACAAGAAUGCAAACUUGUUUGUAAAAACUGAUGAUGAGGCAGCAGCUGACUUGACUAAUUUGUUGGAGGAAAUAUUUAAUAGAAAUGAGAGUCUGCAAAAGAGUCCUUUGUAUAUUGUAGCAGAAUCUUAUGGAGGCAAAUUUGCUGUCACUCUUGGAUUAUCAGCUCUAAAAGCAAUUGAAGCAGGAAAUUUGAAACUUAAACUUGGAGGAGUAGCACUGGGUGACACUUGGAUCUCCCCAGAAGAUUUUGUGCUUUCAUGGGGUCCUCUUCUAAAAGAUUUAUCAAGGCUUGACAAUAAUGGACUUAAGAAGGCAAACAGCCUAGCAGAGAAGAUUAGGCAGCAAAUCCGCGAAAAUCAGUAUGCUGCUGCAACAGAUUCUUGGGCUGACCUCGAGGGAGUGAUUAGUGAUUAUAGCAACUCUGUGGAUUUCUAUAAUUUUUUAUUGGAUUCGGGGGUGGACCCUGUAUCUCUAACAGCUGAAUUAUCAAAAAAUAUUGCAAGGAAGAGCUACUCAGGUUAUCUUAGCUCCUUGAGGUCACUUCCAGCUGGUGGUGUCGGUGAUCUUGAAAGCAUAAUGAAUGGGGUCAUUAAAAGAAAGCUUAAGAUUAUCCCUGCUAAUUUCUCAUGGGGAGAGCAGUCUGAUAACGUUUUCAGCCAUAUGGAAGGCGAUUUUAUGAGACCAAGAAUCAAUGAGGUUGACGAACUCUUAGCCAAAGGAGUCAAUUUGACUAUAUACAGUGGGCAAGUAUGA